GCAAUGGUCAAGGAAAACUGUUCAAGUCUUGUCUAUUGCACUGUUACAUGACAGAAGAUUUCAUAUUAGAUGCUUACAAACAGAAGACCAAGAAUCCAAUGCCUUUAAUUCAACAAAAUUAAAGGAAAAUGUCUUUAUUGCAGUUAUUCCUGAAGGGCUGUCAGAAUUUGUUUACAGCCUGAUGGAUCUCCCUGCUAGAACCUCGAAAAUAUUACUCAGUCUGAUACUAUUCAGACUACAAGUCACAGUGCAGAGUCCAUUCGAUAGUUGCUGUUUCGAUGGAUUGGAGUGGGCUACUCAGCAAAGGGAGUGUGUUUCCCCCCCCGACAAACUGGAAGAUUUGUUUUGCAGAAUAGCAUGGGAGCAAUGUUGUCAAAUAAAGCUGAAGGAGAUCCACUGUGAAAACGGUAUAAAGGUGGCCAGAGAAAAUCAAGUGUGCACUGCAUUUAAUACUGUCAUAGGACAAUGCAACACUGGUAAGGAAUGCUGUCAAUGCUGUCUUCUUGGCAAAGAAGCUAAAAUCAAAAGACACAGUUGUGAAGCAAAUGAAGCUCUGGGAUACCAGUGUGGACAAGCUUUCAGAGCAUGCUGUGUAGGAAAUCAAGAAACCACUGGUACUUCAGCCAUCAACAACCAGACAACAGUAAAUUCAAUCUCAGAUCAUGAAAUGAGAAAGUUACCAGCAGAACUGGAGGAUCCAUUCCUGAAUGACCGAUGUAGAGGAGGAGGACCCUGUCAGCAGCGUUGCACUGAUACAGGGACAAGUGUUAACUGUUCCUGCUACGUUGGCUACAAGCUGAAUGAUGACCAGCGAACAUGUGAAGAUAUCAAUGAAUGUUUGUUGCUGAUUCAUCAAUGCCAAACAGGAGAGCGCUGCAUCAAUAGUAUUGGGUCAUAUCAGUGCCUGCGUGAGAUAAGCUGCGGCACAGGAUAUGAACUGACUGAAAACAAUGAAUGCAAAGAUAUCAAUGAGUGUGAGAUUGGAAUUCACAAUUGCGGGCUCAAUUUCAUCUGCCAGAAUACAAAAGGAUCCUUCCGCUGCCGGCCGAAUAUCCAGUGUGGACCUGGAUUUCUGCAGGAUGCUCUGGGAAACUGUAUAGAUGUCAAUGAAUGUAAUAAUUUUCCCUUUCCCUGCAAACCUGGUUAUAUCUGCAUCAAUAACAUCGGUUCAUAUAGCUGUCAGCACAAUGCUGUAAACUGUGGCCGAGGCUAUCAUCUCUCCAUGGAUGGUUCAAAUUGUGUAGACAUUGAUGAAUGUGCAGGCCCUCAGAACCCUUGUGGUGAAGGACAUUUGUGCAUAAAUUCACCUGGUAGUUUUUACUGCAAUUGCAACAAAGGGUACAAUUUCAACAGCAUUUCCAGAACAUGCAUUGAUGAAAACGAAUGCCGUCGUUACCCAGGACGUCUCUGUGCACAUAAUUGUCAGAACACUCCAGGUUCCUACUAUUGCAGCUGCAGCAUUGGCUUUAAACUCUCAUCUGAUGGGAGAAACUGUGAAGACGUGAAUGAGUGUGAGAUCAAUCCUUGCAGUCAAGAAUGUGCUAAUGUCUUCGGCUCGUACCAGUGUUACUGCCGCCGUGGUUACCAGCUCAGUGAUGCAGACGGAAUAACCUGUGAAGACAUUGAUGAAUGCGCAUUACCUGCUGGAGGCAACAUUUGCUCCUAUCGAUGUGUCAAUAUUCCUGGAAGCUUCCAGUGUGCUUGUCCAGUUGCUGGCUAUGCUCUUGCAUCUAAUGGGCGUAACUGUCAAGAUAUUGAUGAAUGUGUUACAGGGACGCAUAACUGCUCUGGUACUGAGACAUGCUUCAAUGUCCAAGGGAGUUUCCGUUGCCUGACUUUUGACUGCCCAGAAAACUAUCGACAGUCUGGAGAUGCGUUAAACUUGGAUAGGACAGAGACAAUUCGAUGUAUAAAGUCUUGCCACCCAGGUGAUACAUCCUGCAUACUAGACCCAGUUAACACGGUCUCCUAUACUGUCGUUUCUCUGCCAACCUACAGGGAGUUCACUGGACCAGUAGAGAUCAUAUUUCUCCGAGCAUCAGCUCCAGUUUACUCCAACGUCCAGUUAGAGAUUAUGUUCCGCAUCACUGAAGGAAACAUACGUAACUCCUUUGACAUUAUUAAACGAUAUGAAACUGGUAUUACUAUUGGUGUGGUUCGAAUGGUGAAACCAAUUGUUGGACCCUUCACUUCUACCUUAAAGCUGGAAAUGGACUACUAUAUGUCAGGGCAACUGUCUCACCGCAACAUUGUUUAUGUUUACAUGUAUAUUUCAGAAAAUUGGUUCUAGAAGCUUUGUUCACACAAAGAUAAUCUGCAGCACCACACUGGUUAACCAUUGAAUAUUACAGGAAAAAUAUUAUACUUCACCUCUGCUCCACAGAUACUAGCACCUGUGUAAGAAAGAUGCUUAAAGCAAAGCUGCAUGCUAUUGGAAGAUCCACAUUUCCUCUCAGACUUACAUUCAGAAUAAAAGUUUUUAAAAAAAUCACUUAGUGCAUUUUAUAUACUUCAAAUAAAAAAAUUAGAAUAACUAGGUUUCAUUAUGGAGUAAGCCAAGGAGAGACUAAUAAAAAUGCAAAGCCUUGAUACUUGGAACAGGUGAUCAGCUGAGCAAUGGUAUAUUAUUUUCCUGCACCCAAGCAACAAUAGGUGAUAGCCAAACAUGAAUUACCUUUGUUAGUCUGCAACCAACAUUUUUGUUUGUCUGUGUUCUUUUUGCACUGCACUAAAACAGUUUUAAUUUCUAAUAAAAUUCAGCAAAUGUAUUUUUAGGUUAAAUAGACUAGUGAGCAAUAUUCAUUGGCCCUUUGCACUCUGAAUAUUUUGAAAAUGACAGCAGUAUUUGUAAUGUGAUAAUAGUUUGAAGGCAAAUGAAGGUGGAAAUGACAGAAAGAACAUUAUAAAGAAGUUACUGAUGUGUAUCAAUUUUACACCCAAAUUUCCUAGUUUUGUUAGCAUACAGUAGAACAUAAAAAGUUAGCAAAGUCAGGAGAAAUCUAUAAAAACAAACAGACUUUGCAGAAUAUAACUGCACCACAUCAUUUUAUUUCCAAGUAUGAAAUAUAAAAAUUUCUGAAACAUCAUCUUUCCUUAGUAUGGAAGAUCUGCAGUUUUUUUAGCUUUGGUUGAUUACAGUCCCUUAAAAUGCAUUUAAAAAUAUAAAAAUACAUACAGGUUGUCCCACAUACUGAUUGGAUUCCAUCUUUACAGACAUCCUUAAAUCAAUUUUGUCCAUAAGUUGGGAAAUAAACAAAAAUGACUUGAUUUGAUAAUCAUACCUUCACAGUAUUGUAAUGGAAGUCCUAAAGACUGAUAAAAAAGAACGAUUAUUAAAAGUGGAGUGAAAGAGGAAACUAGUUCCACUGUUCAUAGAGAAAAACAUAUUUAAGGAUAUGUAGGGCUGUUCAUAAGUUGGGCAUCUGCAUGUAAACAAAGAAAUGUUUAAAACAGCUUAAAAUUCAAAUGAAACAAAACAAAAAUUAACUUACAUCCUGCUGCUCCUAAAAUUCUGGCUUAAUUUUACACUCCUUUUGAAGUAAAAAAGAGAAAAGAAACUUAUGUGCAAUGAACAAUCUGCUGGAGGAACUCAGCGAGUUAAGGAGCAUCUGUGAGAGAGAAAGAAAUUGUCUAUAUGUCCAUAACUUCCACAGAUACUGCUCAACUUGGUGUGAUCUUCCAGCAGAUUAUUUGUUGCUCCAUAUACAACAUAUGCAGUCUCCUGUGACUCUAAAGGAACUUGUAUGUAUGCCUCUUUAUUCAGAUGUUGGAGCCAUUUUAAUGAGGUUAAAUGUAUCUGAAUACAGGUGGAAAAAGUAGUGCACCAAAUUAUGUAGAGACUUGUUAGAAAACACCAAAACAAAAAUGAGCAGUAGCAAGAAGGAACUAAUGGAAAUAAGUAGAUAAUAUCACACAUCACUCAUUUGCUCCUAAUCUUUUGUGAUAACUUUGUGCUUUACUUUCUCCAGGGCCAGUACAAAUGAAUUUCAACUCCAUGCUGUUCUCAAUGAUAUUAAAAACUGAAACUACAUCUGCAUUUAUACCAAUGUGCAUACCAUUUUGUGCAAAUUCUGAACAGGAGCAAAAGAUAUGCUUUUUAGUUUUAUAUGAUUGUAACACGGUUGCACAACAUUCAUCUUUUCAGUGCUUGUUCAAUCCUGUCAGUGGGAUGAGUCAGUUUAAGUGUGAAUUCUCCAUAAGUCUUUUAAUCUAGUAUUAUAUAUCAAUAGAAUGCACUUUCUCAAUUAUUAUAUUAUCAGCACUGCAAUAUGUUUUAACUCAAUUUUAUGUUGGGAAAAUAAAGGUUUCUGAGGUUUAGAUGUUACUCUACAUAACACACAGUUAUAGACCAACCAAAGUUCCUAUGUAAAAAAAACAUUUGACUAUUUUUAGGCAUGAUGCAACCCUAAUGGAUAAUGAAUGUUCACAUUUGCAAAAUAAAAUUGUCCAUGUAAUACAGGAAAAGUAAGACUUUGUAUAAAUUUUGCAGUGAAACAGUGGCAAUUAAUGUGACUGAAUCCUUGUUUUAUAAUACUGUAGGUUGCCUAGAAACAUCAAAGAAUGACAGUGUAGAUUGACUUGUCUGUUCUUUUGAAAGAAAAAUCCUAAUGCUUAUGUACAAAAAUAAACUGUUAAUCCAA